GUGUCCUCAUCUCUUCAGUGGUCUCAUGUCUUCUGUGUCCCCAUCUCUCUUGUGUCCUCAUCUCUUCUGUGUCCUCAUCUCUUUUGUGUCCUCAUUUAUCUCGUCCUCAUCUGUUUUGUGUCCUCAUCUCUUAUGUGUCCUCAUCUCUUCUUUGUCCUUGUCUCUUUUGUGUCCUCAUCUCUUUUGUGUCCACAUCUCUUUUGUGUCCUCAUGUCUUUUGUGUCCUCAUCUCUUCUAUGUCCUUGUCUCUUUUGUGUCCUCAUCUCUUUUGUGUCCACAUCUCUUUUGUGUCCUCAUGUCUUUUGUGUCCUCAUCUCCUCAUCUGUUUUGUGUCCUCAUCUCUUUUGUGUCCUCAUCUCUAUUGUGUCCUCAUCUCUUAUAUGUCCUCAUCUCUUUUGUGCCCUCAUCUCUGUUGUGUCCUCAUCUCUUACAUGUCCUCAUCUCUUUUGUGUCCUCAUUUUUUUGUCCUCAUCUCCUCAUCUGUUUUGUGUCCUCAUCUGUUUUGUGUCCUCAUCUCUUAUGUGUCAUCUCUUUUGUGUCCUCAUUUCUUCUGUGUCCUCAUCUCUUUUGUGUCGACAUCUCUUUUGUGUCCUAUUUUUUGUGUGUCAUCUCCUCAUCUGUUUUGUGUCCUCAUCUCUAUUGUGUCCUCAUUUCAUAUAUGUCCUCAACUCUUUUGUCCUCAUCUCUUUUGUGUCCUCAUAUCUUAUGUUUCCUCAUUUCUUUUGAGUCCUCAUCUCCUUGUGUGUUUGCGUCCUCAUCUCUUCAGUGUCCUCAUCUCUUUUGUGUCCUCGGCUCCUCUGUGUCCUCUUCUCUUUUGUGUCCUCUUCUCUUUUGUGUCCUCAUCUCUUUUGUGUCCUCAUCUCUUCUGCGUCCUUAUCUCUUUUGUGUCCACAUCUCUUUUGUUUCCUCAUUUCUUUUGAGUCUUCAUCUCCUCGUGUGUUUUGUGUCCUCUUCUCUUCUGUGUGCACAUCUCUUCUGUAUAAUUUUCUCUUCAGUGUCCUCUUCUCUUCAUUGUCCUCAUCUCUUUUGUGUCCUCUUUUGUGUCCACACCUCUUCAGUGUCCUCAUCUCUUUUGUGUCCUCAUCUGUUUUGUGUCCUCAUCUCUUUUGUGUCCUCUUAUCUUUAAUAUCCACAUCUAUUCUGUAUUAUUUUCUCUUCUGUGUCCUCGUCUCAUUUGUGUCCUCAUCUCUUCUGUCCUCAUCUCUUUUGUGUCCUCAUCUUUUUUGUGUYCUCAUUUCUUCUGUGUCCUUAACUUUUUGUGUCCUCUUCUCUUUAAUGUCCACAUCUCUUCUGUGUCCUUUUCUCUUCAGUGUCCUUGUCUCUUCUGUGUCCUCAUCUCUUUUAUGUCCUCAUCUCUUUUGUGUCCUCUUCUCUUUUGUGUCCUCGUCCCUUUUAUGUCCUCAUCUCUUAUGUCCUCAUCUGUUUUGUGUCCUCAUCUCUUUAGUGUCCUCAUCUCUCCUGUGUCCUCAUCCCUUUUGUGUCCUCUUCUCUUUAAUGUCCACAUCUCUUCUGUAUCCUUUUCUCUUCAGUGUCCUCAUUUCUUUCGUGUCCUCAGCUCUUGUCCUCAUCUCUCCUGUGUCCUCAUCUUUGUUAUGUCCUCACCUCUUUUGUGUCCUCAUCUCUGUUGUGUCCUUGGCUCUUCUGUGUCCUCUUCUCUUUUGUGUCCUCAUCUCUGCUGUGUCCUCAUCUCUUUUGUGUCCUCAUCUCUUCUGUGUCCUCAUCUCUUUUGUGUCCUCAUCUCUUCUGUGUCCUCAUCUCUUUUGUGUCCUCAUCUCUUCUGUGUCCUCAUCUCA